GAUAUCUAAUACCAAGGCUACUUGUCACAGAAAAUACCAUAUCAUAUAUGACUGCUAUUUGCUUUUCCUCAGAACACAAAAUCACUGGUACCAGGCUGGAAAAUAUCACAGCUGAUGAUCUGGAGAAGAUGGGUAUUGAGAGACGUGGUGAUCGCCUGAGAAUCUGGCACAUUAUCAAGAUAAAACUCUGGAAGAUCCCAGACCAAAGCAAGGUGUUCAAUGAUUCCAUCCAUGGUCAUAUCAAGUUGCAUCCGCUUCUCGUCAAAAUCAUUGACACACCUCAGUUCCAGAGACUACGAAACAUCAAGCAGCUUGGAGGGGGUUAUUUUGUUUUCCCUGGAGCAUCCCACAACCGCUUUGAACACUCAAUCGGGGUGGCAUGCUUAGCAGGACAGCUUGUACAAAAUCUGAAAACAGAGCAGGAGGAACUCGACAUCGAUGACAGAGACAUCCUUUGUGUGCAGAUUGCUGGACUUUGCCAUGACCUCGGACAUGGACCCUUUUCUCAUCUGUUUGAUGGAAUGUUCAUCCCCAAAGUACGUCCAGGUCUGAAGUGGAAGCAUGAGACUGCCUCUCGAGAGAUGUUUGACUACCUGGUGGAUGAUAAUGAUCUGAAGCCAGUGAUGGAGCAAUACGGCCUGAAGCUGCCUGAGGACCAGACUUUCAUCACAGAGAUGUUUGCAGGACCUCUGGACACUAAUGCAGCUCAAGGCCAGACGUGGCCGUAUAAAGGCCGACCAGAGGACAAGUCCUUCCUCUAUGAAAUCGUGGCCAACAAAAGAAAUGGCAUUGAUGUGGACAAGUUUGACUACUUUGCCAGGGACUGCCACCACCUGGGCAUCCAGAACAACUUUGACCAUCAACGCUUCAUCAUGUUUGCCAGGGUGUGUGAUGUGGAAGGGCAGAAGCACAUCUGUGUUAGAGACAAGGAGGUGGGCAAUCUGUAUGACAUGUUCUACACAAGGAUCAGUCUCCACAGAAGAGCCUACCAGCACAAAGUGAAAAAUAUCAUAGAAGCUAUGAUCACAGAGGCCUUUGUAAAAGCAGAUGGGCACAUCAAAAUUAAAGGCAAAGAUGGGAAGAAGUUCACUCUCUCCACAGCCAUAGAUGACAUGGAGGCCUACACCAAGCUGACAGAUUCUGUGUUCGAAAAAAUACUCAACCCCUCCUCCUCAGAGCUGGCUGAGGCGAGGAAGAUUCUGGAAAAGAUCAUCUCUCGACAACUCUACAAGUUUCUGGGCCAAACAAAGGCCAAAAGGCUGCCAGAGGGAGGGGCUGUGCAAAAUAGAAGAAAUGAUGAGAGAUUCAUUGAUGUCACCGAGGAGAUAAUUUCCACUUGGAAAGAGGAACUGGCUCAAGCCGUCCCUGAUGCUCAGGAUGGGCUGAACCCAGAGGACUUUGAAAUUAUUAAAGUCACUAUAAACUAUGGGAAGAAGGACCAGAAUCCUGUUGAUGAUGUAUAUUUCUACAGCAAAAAUGAUCAUACUAGAGCUUUCCAGAUCCCUCAAGAACAGAUGUCUGAGCUGCGCCCAACAUGCUUUUCUGAGAUGUUGAUUAUGGUUUACUGCAAGAGGACUGAUGACAAGAGUCUGGAGGCUGCCAAGAAGCACUUUUCCCAGUGGUGCACAAAUAAGGGCUUUCAGGUUGGAGACACAGUAGGACUGUAGCUCAUCACUAAUGGCUAAAACAAUGAAGCUGAAGAUGGUGGUAGCAAGCUGUAAAGCACAACCUACAUGUGUAAUAAUGAGUAAUUUAAUAUGAACAUUUAAUUUCAGGUUUAGGGAUUUCAAACAUUUAGUGGUAUUUGGUUUUAACGUGAAUGAUAUGAAUUGAUGUGGAAAUCUGAUUAUUAUUUUGACUUUGGAUGACUUUUGAUCAGAGGCAGUUUUGGUGGUUGUUUUUAGUUAUUUUAUUGUAGCUUUCUUCACUUUCAGCAUUUAUUGUCACUUAUUUACUGUUUUUAAAUGUCUC